ACUCACAGUUUGAGCACUCUGCUAGUGUUUGUGGAUCAGUGUUUAUAGUUCAUUGUUUUUAGUUCAGAUAUUGAAGAUGAGUUUGCAGGUGGAUCUGAUGUGGUGUAAAUCAGUAGGAACUGAUCUGGCUUCUGUCUGUAACACUGCUGGAGAACAGCAGAUGCUCAAGAUACCAUUGAAGAUGUGUUCAGUGAAGCUGAUGGACUGCAGGAACCUCAUGGAGAUGAGACGAGAAACCACAGCACAGGAACAACACACUGAUGAUGAUGAUGAUGAUGAUGAUAACCACAAUAGAGGAACAAAACAAGAGUGAUGAAGAUAGUGAUUUUAUUCCUUCAGAUACAAACAGUGGUCCAUCUGAUGGAGAAAUGGCUUCUACAUCAAAACAGCAUCUUUCUUGCAAAAUUUGUGAGAAGACAUUCACUACGAAAGGACAUUUAGUGAGACAUGAGAGAAGACACAAAGAGCAGAAAGUCUUCAAAUGUAAGAGUUGUGAGAGCAUCUUUUCCACCUUAAAAGAGAGGAACCGUCAUUCAGAAGUGCACAAAGUAAAGCAGGAGUUUCCCUGUGAGCAGUGUGGGAAGGUUUUCCUUACAACUUCUAAACUGAAAGUUCACAUGCAGUCACACAGUGAGGAAAAGCCUUUCAGCUGCAGUGAGUGUGACAAGUGUUUUAGAACUAAAGGAAAUCUUAAUGAGCAUCAGAAAAUACACACGGGGGAGAAACCGUACACGUGUCUUCACUGUGAGAAGAGAUUCAUCAACAAGAGUCAUAUGACAUCACAUGUCCGUUUGCACACCAAUGAGAGGCCGUAUCAGUGCAAAGAAUGUGACAAAACCUUUAAACAAUUAUUUUGUCUAAAGACACAUCAGCAAAUCCACUCUGGGGAGAAACCCUAUCAAUGCUCACACUGCGAUAGGCGUUUCUUUAAGAAAUCUGAUCUGAAACGUCAUGAAAUUAGACAAUCUGUGGAGAAACCCUUUCAAUGUUCACACUGUAACAAGCGUUACCAUCUUGAAUCUGACAUGAAAUCUCAUGAAAAAAGACACUAUGGAGAGAAACGUUACCUCUGCUCUUACUGUGGGAAGAGAUUUUAUAAACCAUCUGAAUUAAGAGUCCACCAGAGAGUGCAUACUGGAGAGAAACCUUACAGCUGCUCCAUCUGCAGGAAAUCAUUUGUUUCUUCAUCAAGUUUAAAAACUCAUCAGAAGACACAUGCUAGAGAUCAAACUGCCCUGAAAUCAUCCUAGUGUUUUCAGGCAUCAACAUUAAAUCACAAUUACAUUAUCGAAGGCAAUUUUUGUCAGAAGUCAAAUAAUUUUUAUUUGGAUGGCGUUGUUCACAAUGCACACAUUGUUUUAAAGCAGCUUUAUGUAAAAUCAUUCUGUAAUGUCUUAAAACUCCAGCUCUAUAGAGAAUCAUGCUUUAAUGUCUUCAUUCAAUUUCUUAGGACAGAUAUGGUCUGGAUGUAAUGUAUUUUUGCAUCCAUUUAAGGUUUAUAAGUAUGUGUGUAUGUGAAGCAUUGUCUUUUCCCUGUUUAGCCACGGUUAUACAAGUUAACUUUUUUCUGCAGAAUGUCCAAGUUAAUUUUUAUGUUCAUACACCUCUAGACCUGGUGUGUAAUCAUUAUGAAAUUACCCUUUUUUUCAGCUGACAAAUGAAUAAUAAGUUAAGAAUAAUAAGCCAAAAGCUCAACUGACUCAGCUGAGAUUGUGAUGUGAUGUUCACUUGACACUGGAGUCCGCUGGAUUAUUCACUGGAAUUUUAUGUUGAUUUUUGAUUAACAACUGAUUGGUUUAAAGGAUGGAAGAGUCAUUCUCAUGUCCAUCAGGUAAAGCACAUAAAUAUAUGUAAAGUAUGUGAUAAAAGUUGUUUGUUUAUGCUAAGUUCUGUCAUUCUAAUGAUUGAGAAUCACAGUAUUCGCUAAAUCUUAAUUGUGAUUCUAAAGUUAUAUUGCAGUAUUAAUGGAUUGAAUGGCUUCACUGGAGUGUUAGACUAUGGUUUUAAAUAAUCACUCAUGCACAAUAUUCUCAGAGUCCAAUGUAUUUCACUAGGUGGGCGGAAUUUCCAGUUGGCUAGCGGAAGUUGGUUGGUGUUUUGUGUGUAGCCGGUCACUGCUUGCUUGCAUGUUAUGUGGUUAUUCUUGCUUUUUAAAUUUUGUAAGAUGUCUUUACAAUUUUACAGUCAGUGUUUUGAGUUAAUGGAUAUCCUUAUAAUCAAACGAGUUUUAUCAACAACUAAAAAAGCUGUUAUGAUCAGAAACCUCUCGCAAAGAGCUCCAGUCCCAGAUGCUGCUUUUUCCAUCAGCUACCUAUAAAACGAUUGACUGUUUAAAAAAGAUCUGAAUAUUUUGUUUGUGUGCUCUUUUCAAAUUAUUGGCACGAAGUCAACAGGGGUGAUUACUUAUAAAAUCCAACAUUAUAUUCAAGCUAUGAUAGUUACAUGAACUAUAGCAUUAUUGUGCUAACAGGUGUGUAAACAUGCAUUUAUGGUUUAUAAGACAUUUUGUGAGUUUGUUCAUUUCUAUUCUUUGUGAAUACUUCAUGUGUUUUGAAAUGGCAUGUAAAAGGAACAGUGUUUUACCUGAACUGUCUGUGAGUAGUGACAAUGUUUUCAUGCUGUAAUGCUAAAUUGAUCAAUGCUAUAGUGGAAGACCAUUAUUAGAUGAGACAUGUACAGUACAUAGAUGUUUUAUCACGUUUGAAAUUAACUGUAUUUUGAUUUUCCUCCUUCUUGCAUUUUUCUUGCCAGCAAUUCACUUUCAUUUGAGUGUCUUUGCAGAAUGUGCAGGUUUUCCUUUAAACGGGAGUGUGUAAUUUUAUUCAAAUAUGCUUUUUGUCAAAUUCAAUUAGACAAAUAUCUCUUUACGGUAAGCUAGCUGUCCGUUCUGUGAGUGUGCUGAAAAAACUCUUGUAUUUGUACACAGCCCUGGCCCUGUAAAUGGGAAAAUAAACUAAGUGGAUCGGAUUGAUCCACACAACACAGUUGUGAUCACACAGCGUUGGUAAUGUGCUUGCAUGAGUUUGUGGAGUGUAGCACUGAAUGGAGGGGUUUGUUUGUCUGUUGAGGUUCAAAUAUCAAGAGUCUUUCUCAGGAAUUGCUUGCUCCACCUUUAACUUGAAAACCAGUUGAACCGUAACACCGGCAAUGUUAUCGGACAAGCCGAUUCCUCUGCAAUGCUUUCUGUCCUCUGUGUUAAUGUUAUAGUGGUCUUUUUUAUUUCGACAUUAAACUUUAUCAUCUUUUAUUUAGAAUGGCCUAUUUUUUUUACAGUAUUAUAUAAUUUACAGUAAUAAAAUACUUUAUUUUUGUAAUUCCGUUUGGUGCCACUAGUAGCACAGAAAUUACACACUCCACCUUCAAUGGGAAAAGGUGAUUUGGAAACGGUGUGUUCAUUCAUUCAGUAUCAGUUACUUUUAUAUGUUCAGUGCUUUUAAUAAAACAUACUGUUUUUUUUUUUGUUGCUUUA